AUGAUGAAACCCACUACAAGGUCGAGAGGAAGGAGUGUCACUCUUGAUGUCCAAGCUGCUUCGGACAAACCUGACACCACAAUUUACAAACCUCAGUUUGUUUCUGCUACAGCUCAAGGAAAGUGGUCUACGAUGGUUCGGCGAGAGCUUAUAGUUCAGCGAUCGGUUGAUGAGAAUCAGUUGAACUCUGUAUGUGACAUUUUACCCUUGCUGAGUGAGGUUGGCCUCAUGAAGACUGUCACCUCCAUUUGCCUCUACUCAAAGCUGCUGACCUACGACUUCUACUGCAAUCUGAAUGAAGAAAUUGACAAUCUUACGGGGACCCGGUGCAUGCAGAUUUUCAUUAGAGGAAAGUGGUAUAUUUUCGGUCCAAACAUGAUUAAUGAAUACUAUGAUUUGAAGGGUGUUGAUGAAGACGAGAUUACGGAUUGGGAUUUGGUUGCAAGGACUCUCACUGGUGGUCAAACUCCUGUAUGGCCUACAGGUGAUAUUGACACUCUGUCUAACUCGAAGCUAACCUCCAAAUAUGUUAUUCUGCACCGAAUUGCCCUCCACAAUUGGCUACCUUCUGCCCAUUUUCAUACAGUUGGCAAGCAACUGGCUGCUCUCCUGUUCCGUAUUGGCACCAAAAUGUCCAUUGAUCUAGGGAAGUGGAUCUUCUAUCAUUUCCUCACUUUGAUUCAUCCGAGGGAGCAGAAGGUAAGAUUGCCUUAUCCUAAUCUCAUAUUUGGAGUUCUGACGACGCAGGGCCUAGUACCAAUGCCAAGUGAGAUUAUCAGUCCAACUCUGCUUUAUACUGUUGAUCCACGCCUCUUGAUUGGCAAGCACAUCCGAGAUGUUACACCUGUUAAUGCUCCUCCAUCAUUUGAUGUUGGCGCUCCUGUUGACAACUCGCCACAUGCGAAGGACGUUCAGCUAUCUCUCCGUCUGAAGGCUCGGGUGUCUGAGCUUGAAACUGUUAAUGGCAUUAUUACGAAGCAACUCACUGCAGCCCGUACUGAUAUUGCGACUGUUCUGCUUCGUCUGAGUCUACUGCUGCUGAGAAUGUGA